AUGGCAAGAACCAAGCAAACCGCUCGUAAGUCCACCGGAGGGAAAGCUCCCCGCAAGCAGCUGGCUACCAAAGCCGCCCGCAAGAGCGCCCCGGCCACCGGCGGAGUCAAGAAGCCUCACCGCUACAGGCCCGGCACCGUCGCUCUCCGAGAGAUCCGACGCUACCAGAAAUCCACCGAGCUGCUCAUCCGCAAGCUGCCCUUCCAGCGCCUCGUCCGAGAGAUCGCCCAGGACUUCAAGACCGACCUGCGUUUCCAGAGCUCCGCCGUCAUGGCUCUGCAGGAGGCCUCCGAGGCUUAUCUCGUAGGACUCUUCGAGGAUACCAACCUCUGCGCCAUCCACGCCAAGAGGGUCACCAUCAUGCCCAAAGACAUACAGCUGGCACGCCGCAUCCGUGGAGAGAGGGCAUAA